AUGCCUGUCAUUGUUCUUAUUGGAAAUGCCGAGAGAUUCAUACCAGAAAUCCAACUAUUUUUCAAAGACAAGUUUGAUACGAAAAUAAUGCAGGAGGCAUUCAAACACACACGUUCCACCAUGGCUGCUUUGGAUGAAAAUAAACUGUAUGUUGUACCGAACUUGACCAAGCCAGAACGCUAUGAAAUUUUCUGUCUAGCAAGGAAAAAUGGACAGCAAUUUAUAACAAUAGCCGAUCCAAAAAGUAACGACUCAACGGUAAGUGACAAGAAUCUUAUUUUAAUUGAUCAGUUCGAUGGUGAAAAAAUCUACAAAAAAUUGUUAAAUUCCAGGAUUGUCCCAACAACAGUCAACAAGAGAAGCAAAGGAAUAAGUCUUAAAAGUGUUAGCGAAUUGAAGGGCUUGAUAAACCGAAUAAAUAGGGAAUAUGAGCAGUUUGGAAAUGCCAAUUUGAUAUUUAAAGAAUGUGAGGAUAAAAUUGUUAAAAUGUGGAAUUUUAACAAUACACAAAGCACAGUUGAGGAGGCGGAAGAGUGUUAUAGAAAAAUGAUCGAGAACGAACUGAGGAAAAACAAUAUAAAAAAGUAG